CCCCAAAUGUGGAAUGAAUGAGCGUGCCGCGGACAGGGCAACAACAGAUAGUGUCGACGGAGCUCUGAAGUGUAGUUUCGUAAAUAUUUCCCACAAAAAUAUCCAAAUUGAAAUACAUCAACAACCGCCACAAUCGGGAGAAAAGACUGCAAAAUGGAAACAACGAAGAUGUUGUCGAAUUUUCGUUGAUAUUUAACACACAAAAAAACUAUCCUCGAAUAUAUAGUCUUUACAUACCGGCAUCGUUCUGUGCCGCGAUUCGUUUCGAAAUCAAAACAGUUUCUGGAACUGAUCUAAAGGAACUUGGAGUCCAUAUAAAUUUAUAGUCUUUUGUGGAAUUUUAGUUGUUCAAUUUUUUUCCCGUGCUUCUUCGCGAGUGUACAUAUAUGUAAUAUAUUUCCAACUGUUCCGCAAUGAAGCCCGUUUGACCCUGAGACCCCGAGAACCUCUCUCGUGUCGGAGUGACAGCCCCAUACAAUACCCCUAACCUAACCUAACCCUGCCCCCCGCGACCCAAACGAUAACCAAGAAGAUAUGUUGGCUCGUGCAACGGCCCUGGGCCUGAUCCUGCAGAGCAUCUGGCUGGGAAUCGGUGGAAGCGCCAGCCUCGAUGGACACGGCCAAGUGGUGGGCCACCAUCAUCACCACUCGAGUGGAUUACAGUGCCAGCGAAUAGCCGUGUCGGCUUGCCAGGGCCUCGGCUACAAUAUGACCGCACUGCCCAAUCUGGCUGGUCACACCAAUCAGCUGGAGGCUGAGCUACAGAUUGCCAAGCUGCUGCCUUUGAUCGAGUCGGGCUGUUCGCGACGGGCGCGAUUUCUGCUCUGCUCGGCGCUGUUUCCGCUCUGCACGCCGGAUGUGCCACGGCCCGUGACCGCCUGCAAGUCCCUCUGCGAGACGGUGAAGGGCGAAUGCGACGCCAAUGCCGGUCCGGAGCUGAUGCAGCUGUGGCCGUCGUUCCUCAGCUGCGACAGUCUGCCGCAGCCGGAGAAGCACGAGCUGUGCAUGCAGAUACCCCAGGACCAGGAGGGUGCCCAUGCGCCGCCAACGGCCAGUCCGGCCGCAUCUGAGCUCGCACCCGCCCAGGAUCCACAAUUGCAACAGCAGCAGCAGCAGCAGCAACAGUUGCAGCAGCAGCAUCCGCAACAGCAGCAGCAGCACAUGUCUCGCUUUUGGAUGUCCUGGAAGACGGGUGGACCGCUGGCUGGUGGCAACGGCGGUGGAGGAGGAGCUGGUGCUGCUGGUGGUGGCGGCGGCAGCUUGGCCGCCAUCAUCUGUCCGCAGAACUUCAGCGGCAGUCACCUGAAUCCGGAGGAGUGCCUGCCCCAAUGCCAAAGGGACGCCUACCACACCACGCAGCAGAAGAAGCUAACGGAGAGCCUGAUCCUGGGCCUGUCCGCCGUGUGCUUUGUCCUCACGCUCUUCGCACUGGUCACAUUCUGGGCGGAGCCGACGCGAUUCGGCUACCCGGAGCGCCCCGUGCUCUUCCUCUGCCUGUGCUACAACCUGUUCAGCGUGUGCUACCUGGAGCGGAUCGUGUUCCACAACCAGGCCCGCAGUCUGGCACAGCUGCAGGAGUCGCAGGGGCUGCGGCUGCGUCCCGUCUGCCAGCUGACGCCGCCCUGCCUGGCCUCGUACAUCACCACCUCGUACCUGAGCCUGUGCGCCGCCAGCUGGUGGCUGAUCUUCGCCCUCUGCUUCUACCUCUCCUCGCACAAGAAGUGGUCGAGCGAGGCGCUCGAGAAGCGCUCCGGUCUGUUCCAUGUGCUGGCCUGGGUGCCGCCACUGGUGCCGCCGAUCGCGGCCCUGCUCCUGGAGCGUGUCCGUCCCAGCGAGCUGACGGGCAUGUGCUCGGCCCCCGGAUUCGUGGAGCUGCCCGCCCUGGUGCUGCUCCUCCUGGGUCUCUACUUUACGCUGCGCGCCUCCCGCUCCCUGCACUCGUUGCAGCAGCAGCUGCAGCCCACGCUGGCCCACCACCGCUUCGGCCAGAUCCGGAAGCGGUUCGUCAUCUUCUCGCUGCUCUUCUUCGUGCCCACGGCGGCGGGCGUGGUGGCCGCCCUCUGCGAGCGCUUCGGCGAUCCCGUGCCCAGCUGCUCGACGCCCGAGGAUUGCGCCUCGCCGGAUUCCCUCACCGCCUGGCCGGCGCUGGUGCGGAUCUUCUUCCAGCUGGCCGGUGGCACACUCACCGGCAUGUGGGUGUGGUCCCGCAAGACCUGCGAGAGCUAUCGCAGUCGCCUGGUGGCCGGCGGUACGCCCACCUCCUCGCUGAUGGCCCAGAGCAAGUCGGCGGCGGUGGUGGGGGCGGGGGCUGCGAAUGCCCAUCACGCCAAUGCCAUGGGAGGCGGCGGCGGCGGCGGCGGCGGAUACGUUCUGCCCAAGAAGCAUCUGUACACCAGCGGUAAAUCGAUGCUUGCCAGCGGAGGCAUCGCCGGCAUCGGAGGUUUCGUAGGCGGUGGUGGAGGCGGAGGCGGGGCCACGGCUCCGCUCUAUGCGGGAAUUAGUUUCCACAAUGUUCCCGUCUACAAUCCCAAUCAGUCGCGUGUCUAAGGAGCGACUGGCGCUGGCUUCAAGCCUGAUCCAUGAUCUGGAUACAUGAUUCAUGAUGCAUGAUCCACGAUCUCCCCUCCCCAUAUAAUACAAAAAUUAAUAAUUAAACAAAAAAUAAUCAAUUGAAAUGUGUUAAUAGAUCUUAAGAGCCAGAACACUCUCCUUCCGCAGACCCCCCCCCCAUUUUGAAUAGUUUUUUAAGUAUUUUCUAAGUCCUGUGUAAAUAGAGGAAUUUUAAUUCUAUUUAUCCUUUUUUUUUUUUAUUUGUAUAUGUUUUUUUUUCUUGGUAAUUAAUUAGUUUUUA